UUUAAAAUCUUUUGUCGUUCUCUGUGAUCCAUAAAAGUGUCCAAAAAGAGGCUGUAAAACGGAGACUGCCGAAAAGAGCGGGUAAAGACUUCUCGUUUUCAGCAUGGAUUCCCACGCUGUUUGUUCCAUAAGAAGCACGUUCAGCCAAGGGGGUGAAAAAGGUAUGGAUGAACGAGAGAAGGUUACAGCACUUUUAACUGAGGUGUAUGGUUCAGUGCAUACAAUUCAAAGUAACCUGAAAAAGCUACAUGCUAUGCACACUCUUCUUUAUAUGAAGAGAGACAUUGGGAAGAGUGCCAUCCGUUCUUGUCUCCAGGCUAUGACAGCUAAACUUGCACAAUUACAAACAGAGCUGGAGGUAGAAUUGGAAAAUGAGUGUGCUGCCAAAGAGGAAAAAUUACAGGGCCUGUCAGACCUUUAUGUCAAAAGAGUAGAAGAGGUGAACAACACCUGCCCAAAGAUAGAAGAGUUCCUUUUGGCCGGAAAAGAAAAGGAGCUCAAAGAGCAGUACAAAGCAUUAUGUGAAAAAUUGAAAAACAUGCUGAAGGCCACAGAAAAAGAAAACUUGGAGCAUUGGAACACUUCUUCAUGGAGCACUUUGGAAUUUGUACCUCUUCCUUCAGGUCUGAAGAAAUCUGAUAUGGGCUACAUAAAAUGUAGUUCUAUAAAUCCAGAUACUUUGAUGUUAUCACCACCAGAAAAUGGAGAUUUCUAUGUUAGGCCUGCUGGUUCUUUGGUUACCUUUAAGUUGUACCUGCCUGAUGGUUUAGAACCAGAUACUGCCAGCCUGCGCUACUUGUCAGGGCAAUUGGCACCCCAUGGCUCAAAGGUGCCAACAGAAGAAACCAGAGGAGAAUUCAAACUGGAUGACAGUGCAGCUGUCAUAACACUUUCAUUUCAACCUCAAAUGAGUGGUACAUAUCAGAUCCAUGUACAUGUUUAUGGUCAGGCAAUAAAAGGAAGUCCAUUUAAGAUGGUUGUUCUUGAAACUGCAACAUCAGAAUAUGAGAUGCCUGGUGUAGUGAAAAAGAGCCCUAUAAAGAGUCGAUCACAGUGGAAUGGAAAGUCCAGGCCAAGGGUGGCUAGCAGUGGGCUGUUGGCUAUCACAAGACACAUAACAGGUGAAGAAGACACCAUUCCUAAGGAUAAAGAAGCAGCUAAGUUGAAAACACCAAAGUUUGAUGCUUCAUUUGCUGUCCCUUGCUUCUCUGGUGCUGGGGAUGGCUUGGCUAAUUUGAAGAUGGAGCACAAUGAAGAUUGGGUCAGAGAUCCAGCACCAAGUAAAACUACAGAUGAAGGUGCCACAGCAAGCAUAGCUACGAAGGCCCAAACUGAAGCUAAUAAAACUGUUACCAUCACCUGGGAUGAUCUGAAGAAAUUUAGAAUGCCCACUGUUGGUAAUAAGCCAGCUUUGAGAAAACCAUUGAGGAAACCAGUUUUCUGCAAGAGUGAACCAGAGGGUGCAGUAAUGAAUAGUGAAGAUAGUGUGACUGAUAGCCCUCUAAAAGAUAAAAAGGUAGCCUUUGCUGAUGUGGGACUGUCCACUGAAUCCAAUGAAGAACCAGUGAAGAAAAAUGAGGUGCCUGAUGAUGUAAAACCAAAAAGGGAAGACAUUUUAUUGAGUUUGGCCAAAGAAUCUCCUCCAGAUUCACAUGAGGAUGUUGAGGUCCCAGUCAAUGCGUCCAGUGCUGAUGAAAGUGAAGAAAAGACUGUAUGCUUACCUGUUAAAAUUGAAGAAAAUAUAUCUCAUUGUGAGGAAAAAAGCUCUACUGGAGAAAAAGACAACAGUAAUUUUUCUUUUGAAAAAGAAAUGGUUAAAUCAGUAAUUGAGCAACACAGAAUUGAUUGCCCUGGAAAAGCCCUGAAAGCAGAGUUGGUUUUAAAAUUUGGUCACAAGGGGAAAGAAUUGAAGGAUCAUUUGUUCUUCCCGAUUGGAGUGACAACUACUAAAGAAGGACACUUUGUUGUGGCAGACCAUGGGAAUGACAUGGUCAAAAUCUUUGACAGAAAUGGAGAACAUAUGUUGACCAUUGGUUCAAAGCAAAACAAUGUAUUCAGUCGGCCCUCAGCAGUGGUAGUGAAUGACCAGGGGGAGUUGUUUGUGAAAGAUAGCCGUAUGUUGCAGGUGUAUGACUUACAUGGGAACUUAUUGAGAUCCUUUGGCAAAGGAGAUCUGAAUGCUCCAUAUGGAAUGGCACUGAACCAGUUUGGCCAUCUCAUAGUCAUGGACACAUGCAGGCAGGAGCCCAGUCUGGUGGUCUUUACUCAGGAUGGCCGGUGGAUGAGGAAGAUAGCUGUGCCUGUACUGGCUGGUGUGCAUGGCUCCAAGUGUCGAUUUAUGGAUUGUUAUGAUGACAUUGUGGUGGUCAGUGAUUUAGGUCAAAGCCACAUGUACAUAGUUAAACAGCAAGGUGGCCAAGUUGUAAAAGAGUUUGGAGGAUUUGGACGUCGUCCAGGGGAGUUUAAUGAACCAUCAGGAGUCGGCAUUGAUGCAUUUGGCAAUAUAGUUGUUGCUGAUAGCAAAAAUGAUCGAGUUCAGGUUUUCUAUCCAGACGGGACUUUCCAGUGUUUGUUAGAGCUGUCUGAGCCAAUUUGCAGACCAUCUGACCUUCAUCUCACUGAAGAUGGCCAUUUGGUGAUAGUAAAUUUUCUGGAACAUUGUGUGAAAGUUUACAAACUGCACUGUUGAAUAGGAUAGAUGAACCUCAUUUGCCCAAAACUUCCCAUGAUGAGUGAGAGUUUUUCUUCUGUUUCUCAGGAAAAGGACUAAAAAAAUGUGGACUUGGCCACAAAGGUAGACAGGUAGACCAAAAAGAAAACUUGAAAGCGAAAAUAAAAAGAAACAUGACAAUAUUCAUUAUGUGAAAAGGAAAAAACAUAAACUUCAGGUUUUAAAUUUUCAAAAAUCAUUUGUAGAACAUGCUAAAAUAUAAAACACUGACACUACUAAUAAACAUACAUAGCAUUGGCUCAAAGACAAAAGUUUCAAUAUGAAAACUUGUGAAUAACACAGAUGUGGGGAAAACUUUGGUGAUAUUUAGUGUCUGGAGCACCUGCACCACAAGUAGUCUGCAGGUCUUCCCAAUUCUCUGCUGGUCUGAACUAAGUACAGUAAUAACUCCGAUCUUUUCAGUGGGGGAAAAUUAUCAGUUUUUCAGAUACAUUGUUUUGUAAGCAUUAAAGAUAUAUGUCUUUGUAGCAAUUGUGAUUUCACCAUAUAAAAAGGAACUAUAAGGCAGCCUGUUUUUCAGUUUUGUUGCCAACUUUCAAUGGGAAUGUCCUAACUUUUGGAUUUGUCACAAAAAAAAAGUUUCUGUAAAAUUCACAAUUUUCCCCAUUGAAAAGAUGAAGUCAUUAUCAUAUUUUGUUUUUGUUGGUCUAUGUUUACAUAUGAUUUAAUAUUCUGUAUUGCAUUUUCACAUAAACAUGCCAGUCCAGAGGACCUGUGAUAUCAAAAAUCUUGCAUGUCCUCUGGCUGCUCAAGUAGUAAUGAACUGUCGGACAGGCAGUUUCCCCAUGUCUGAUAACACUAUGCUACUAGGUACAAAAAUGGUUCUCUAAGACUGGGUUCCCAUAGAUUUAGAUUGAUCUAUCUGGAUCAACCUUACUCCUUGAGGGUUCACGCUAAAUUGCUGUCAGGUUCCGAGAGCCGAGUGCCCAAAAGUUAAUUACCCCUUUACAGCUUUUAGU